AUGAACGAGUCUGAGAUGGUGCGGAGAGAAGGGGGAGGAGGGGAAGAGAUAAGUGAUCUAAAGGGGAGACGAUAGGACAAAAAGUGAUGAUGAUGAAUACAUUGGAAAGUUUUUGGCCCUGACGAGGGUGUCAGAUUGAAUGGCCUGUGCGCAUGUGCGAAGGUGUCCAAACUGACAAUGCUUGUGAGAUGAAGAUAGUGUUGUUGCUGCUUCUGGGCUCAAGGAGGACGAGAGGAAUCUACAAGCCGACAAGAUGAGAUCCAAGGCAAGGGCGAGAAAACUGGCCAAAAACGACAACGAUGCCACGGACAGUAUGUACGAGAAAGAGCUCAGCCAUGCGGCCGGGGAAAGUGCAGAGGAGGAGACAGAGGAGAGCAUAAUGUCCCCUAUCCCAGUGGGACCACCCUCGCCUCUGCCCAACGACGAGGGCCUCACGCCCAAGGAGGGCUCGCCCUACGAGGUGCCCGUCUACAUUCCCGAUGACAUUCCCAUUCCCAGUGAGCUGGAGCUGCGUGAGUCCUCCGUACCCGGGACAGGCCUCGGGAUAUGGGCCAAGGCCAAGAUCGGACUCGGCGAGAGGUUCGGCCCGUACAGCGGAAUGCAGAGCGCUUCCAUCAAGGAGACCACGUUCGGAUGGGAGCAAAUGCUCAACGACCACGACAUCACAUCCCAGGACAGCUGCAUCAAAAAGGUAGUGGACGGCAUGGGCAAUGUGAAAUUCUGCAUGGCCACCGACCUGGACGGCAGCGGAAGCUGGCUGAAGUAUGUCCGCAUGGCCCCGUCCUUCGAGGAGCAGAACCUGACGGUGUGCUACCUGAACGGCGAUCAGAUUUAUUAUAAAGCUAUUAGGGACAUUGACGCGGGGGAGGAGCUUCUGGUUUAUAUGAAGGACGGAGUCUUCCCUGAGGAAUCCAUGGCCCCCAAUCUGGAAGACGAGCAGAUGUACCGCUGCGAGGACUGCGACGAGCUCUUCCCCUCCAAGCCGGACCUCCGGCGGCACCAGAAAUACUCCUGUAGCAGCGCCGGGUCCAUCUUCGACACGCUGAACGAAGACCUCAAACAGGAGCGGGAAGACAGCGACGAAGGGGUGCAUGAGUGCAAGGACUGUGAGAAGAUCUUCCCCAACAAAUACAGCCUGGGCCAGCAUAUGAUCGUCCACACAGAGGAACGGGAGUACAAAUGCGAUCAGUGUCCCAAAGCCUUUAACUGGAAGUCCAACCUCAUCCGGCAUCAAAUGUCCCACGACAGCGGCAAGCGCUUCGAGUGCGAGAACUGCGACAAGGAUGCAUCCCCCUGUCGGCAGGUCUUCACAGACCCCAGUAACCUGCAGCGCCACAUUCGCUCGCAGCACGUGGGGGCGCGCGCUCACACCUGCCCGGAGUGUGGCAAGACCUUCGCCACCUCCUCUGGGCUCAAGCAACACAAGCACAUUCACAGCAGCGUCAAGCCGUUCAUCUGUAAGUCGCCGUCGUGCUGUAGCCUCAGAUAUAAUUGCCCCCAGCCCAAGACCUUCCGUCUGACUCCGCCCCCAACCAGAGGCGGCUGUCAUUCUAUAGGCGAGGUCUGUCACAAGUCCUACACGCAGUUCUCCAACCUGUGCCGCCACAAGCGCAUGCACGCCGACUGCCGCACGCAGAUCAAGUGCAAGGACUGCGGCCAGAUGUUCAGCACUACCUCGUCCCUCAACAAGCACCGGCGUUUCUGCGAGGGCAAGAACCAUUAUGGCCCUGGGGGUAUGUUCGCGGCCGGCAUCCCCGUCACCUCCAGCCCCAUCGUGGGCAAGUCCAAGUCCCACCACGGCCUCGGUCACGCCGGCAUGGGCUUCAACGACUACUUCCCAUCUCGACCCCACCACCCGGGGGCGCUCCCCUUCUCCCCCGGUGGCCCUGCCUUCCCGGCGCUGCCGCACGGCUUCCCUGGCAUCUUCCCACCAUCGCUGUACCCCCGGCCUUCGCUGCUGCCCCCCAGCCCCCUGCUGAAGAGCCCACUGGGUGGAGGCCAAGAGGGGAAGCUACCCAGGGGACCCCUGGACCCCCCCGCCCUGCCCAUGGUAUCUUCCGCCAGCAGCGACGGCACCCACGGAAACCCCGGGGACGACAAGAACGGGGAGUCCAAGCUGGGUGGCCCGUAUGGUGACGGCAAGUCCAAGGCGAAGGUGAGCGACGCGUCGGAUGGGAGUGACCUGGAGGAUGUCAACACCACCAGUGGCACGGACCUGGACACCACCACAGGCACCGUGUCGGGCUCCGACCUGGACAGCGACGUGGAGAGCGAGGCCCGCAGGAAGCCAGCCGGCGAGCCCAAGCAGGACGACGUCAGCAGCAGCUCGGUGUCCGUGUCCAGCUCUGGAAACCCACCCUGCGACCGGCCUUUCCUCUUCUCCCAGCAUUCCUUCUUCCCCCCGCCGGACGAGCAGGCCCUGCCGGCUUCAGGGGCGGCCACCGACUCCAUCAAGGCCAUCGCCUCCAUCGCAGAGAAGUACUUCGGUCCAGGCUUCAUGGGUCUGCAGGAGAAGAAGAUGGGCUCGCUCCCGUACCACUCCAUGUUCCCGUUCCAGUUCCUGCCCAACUUUCCGCACUCGCUCUACCCCUUUGCCGAGCGAGCCCUCAACCCCGGCGUCGUGUUCAAGGCCGAGCCCAAGUCGCCGCGUGAGCAGCUGCACAAGAUGGCCGCUGCCGGUGCCGAGUCUCCCUUCGACCUCACCACCAAACCCAAGGAGGUCCGGCAGCCCCCACCCUCUGCCAGGCUGGCCCCGCCCCCUGGGGCUCCAGCCCCGCCCCCUCCUGGCGAGGAGCAGCCCCUGGACCUCAGCAUCAGCAGUCGCAGCCGGGCCAGCCACAACGGCGGCACCGCCCUCCCCGAGCACCGUCGGAACCACGUGUACGGCACCAAGCCCGCGUCCAAGGAUGAGCCGCCAGGCCCGCCACCAUCGCAGGCCCUCCACCAGCUGCCAUUGCCCCAGCACCAGCCCCCCCAGCAGCAGCCUCAGCACCAGCCCCCGCUGCACUACGCCAAGCCCUCCCCCUUUUUCAUGGACCCAAUCUACAGCAGGGUGGAGAAGAGGAAGUUGAUUGACCCAGUGGGAGCUUUGAAAGAGAAGUACCUGAGGCCAUCUCCUCUACUCUUCCAUCCACAGAUGUCCGCCAUGGAGAACAUGACGGAGAAGCUGGACAGCUUCAACCCGCUGAAGCUGGACGGCCCUGGCGCGCUGCAGCAUGCAUCACACCCCCUCUUCAGCUUCCGCUCCCCACCACCCUCGCUCCCGGACGCCAUCCUGCGCAAAGGCAAGGAGCGCUACACCUGCAGGUACUGUGGGAAAAUCUUCCCCAGGUCGGCUAAUCUGACCAGGCACUUACGGACACACACGGGAGAGCAGCCUUACAGAUGUAAAUACUGUGACCGGUCAUUCAGCAUAUCCUCCAACCUUCAACGGCACGUGCGCAACAUCCACAACAAAGAGAAGCCCUUCAAGUGUCACCUGUGCAAUCGCUGCUUUGGCCAGCAGACCAACCUGGACCGUCACCUCAAGAAACACGAGCACGAGAACAUCCCAGUGAGUCAGCACUCUGGAGUCCUGUCAAACCUGGGAACAAAUAUCUCUUCUCCGAACUCCGAGCCAGACAAUCACGCACUUUUAGACGAGAAGGAAGACUCCUACUUCUCUGAGAUCCGCAACUUCAUAUCCAACAGCGAACUGAACCAGGCGUCCAGCUCCACCGAUAAAAGGCCGGACCUCCCGGAGGAGGACCACCCCCAGAGCCACGCCCUCUCGGCCUCCAAGCUCCGCAGGAGGGAGUCCGAUGUGGAAGAGGAAGAGCUGGAGGGAGAUGAUGAGGACGAGGACGGCAGCCUGACGGAGAAGUCGCAGGAUGAGGUGGCAUCCCCGGCUGCUUUAGCCCAGGGCACCUACGAGGACGAGGAGGAGUCCAGCUCUCUCUGUAUGACCUAUGAGCAAAACCGGAGGUGUAUUGACGAGGAGGAAACAGGCCUGUUAGACCUGGAGCCGAUCGCAGGCUUCGCAAAAAGCCUGGACCUUCACAAGGCCGCGGAGGAGCCCUUUGACGUUAAAGACAUUUUUAACACCUCCCUAGAGUCGGAGGCGCUGAAAGAGACGCUGUACAGGCAGGCUAAGACCCAGGCUUAUGCAAUGAUGCUGUCCCUCUCCGAAAACAACCCUUUACACGCGUCCACUCCGAACUCUCUGGAGGCCUGGCUGAACAUGGGAGGAGGACCUUCAGAGAGCACCGGCUUUCAUCCGCUCAACCACAUCUAAGGGUGAUGG